AUAACAGACUCAGCUGGGCACAUCCUGUAUGCCAAGGAGGAUGCCACUAAGGGCAAGUUUGCCUUCACCACAGAAGACUAUGAUAUGUUUGAGGCCUGCUUUGAGAGCAAGCUUCCUGUGGGAACAGGGAGGAUGCCGGACCAGCUCGUGAUUCUGGAUAUGAAGCAUGGAGUUGAAGCAAAGAACUACGAGGAGAUUGCUAAAGUAGAGAAGCUGAAGCCUCUGGAAGUAGAACUGAGGCGCCUGGAAGAUCUUUCAGAGUCCAUCGUUAACGACUUUGCCUAUAUGAAGAAACGAGAAGAGGAGAUGAGGGACACAAAUGAGUCGACAAACACCCGAGUUCUGUACUUCAGCAUUUUCUCCAUGUGCUGUCUCAUUGGACUGGCCACGUGGCAGGUUUUCUACCUGCGUCGCUUCUUCAAGGCCAAGAAACUGAUUGAGUAAAGGAGCAAGUCUUCCUCCCCCUCCUCUCAGACCCAGCUGGACACCGCUGGCACCCAGCCGUGGCCCCCGGGAGCCAUCUCACAGAUGAUACCCACUGACUGGAGCUUUUCUGCAGGAACUUGGACCCUCAGGGGGGAGGGGAGCCUAAACAUUGGAGGCAACGGGGGACUUGUGAAAACUUGUUGGAUAUUGAGGGUGGGGGAGGUUGUGUUGGGUUUGGGGGUUCCUGGGGCAGUGAUUAAAUAAAGAAAGAUGUUUCCAUGACAGCUGCAGCAAGUUUUUGCGCUGUCUGUUCUCUUUUUAUAAUCUUGGCUUGAUGAUGUCUCCCAUCUGUCUGUGACUGUAGUGUUACUCUGAGCCACUUGACCCUGCUGAGCUCUUCAGUGUGGUACAGCUAGCACCAGGGCAGAGCAGGGGACUCCCUGUUCUGACCAGCUGGGAGCUAAGCCUUGUGCAAAGGGAGGUGAGUGCAAAGCAAUAGGUUUCAUUGUUCCAGCAGGGCCUGAGGAUAGAGGAGGGUCCAAGGUUUGGUCACUGUUGUGGACCUCUGUGUGGAGGUGGUGUCUUUGUGCUGA